AUGGAAAAAACACCCGUGAACGCUGCUGAAGCCACUAGCGGUAAUUUCUCAUGGCCAUGGGUUGAUAGUGACUCCUCUGUCAUGGAGGAGGUUGAUGAAACAAUGUCAAACAAUCAAGUUGAAGAUCUGGACACCAAUGAAAACCCAGAUUCUUUCCUAGAUGGGUCUGUCAUGGAGAAGAUCCUCCAGAGGCGAAGCUUGCGCAUGCGUAAUAUGCAGAGAGCUUGGUUGGGAUCAUCUGAAGGGCGGAAGAUGCUAGAUUUUCGGAGAUCUCUCCGUGCAUUCAAGGAGAAGGAGAGGCUGCUUCAAGCAAUUGCAAGGAAUCAGACUCUCUGUCUGUUGGAUAUAUUUGCAGAAAAUAAUCCUUGA